AUGCACGAUGAGUUCGAAACUAACUUCUUCGGUACCGUGCGUGUCGCCAUGAACGCUGUCCAGGUAAUGCCCACGGCAAAGGAUCACCGCAGUAGCUUGAACUUCAACAACUCCUCGCUCGCCGGUCCGAUCCUGACAACGGUUCCUUUGCGCAAUUUCUGCGUCGUCGACGCUCGUCUGCUGGUCAAGGUUCCCGACGGCUGGAACGAUCUCGAGGCCGCGUCGCUUGGGGUAGGAUGGUCAACCGUGUCCUUGGCCUUCUCAGAUCCCAACGCGCUGGGCCUCGAGGGUCUUCCUACCAAGCCCUCUCAUCAGUCAAAGGACCCUGUGCUGGUCUGCGGCGGUGCGACGGCUUCUAGCACUUUGGCCUGUCAGUUGUUAAGCUUGAUGGGCUACACUCCGAUCGCUAUCGCCUUCAACAGGUCCCUGGAAUUAGCUGUGAAGUAUGGAGCAGUUAGGACAGCGUCUUCCGCGUCAAAAGAUUGUGUGGAAACCGUCAAAUCGCUCGCGGGCAAGCCCAUGCGUCGUAUCCUCGAUUGUAUCACGGACGCUGAAUCGGCCGCCAUUUGUUAUAGCGCCAUGGCUCGUACCGGCGGUACCUACGCCUGCCUCGAGGAGUGUCCCGACGCCUGGCGCACCCGUCGUGCCGUCGGGGUGAAGGAAGUCAUGGGUUUCCAGGCCCUCGGCGUCGAUCUCAACCUGGGAGCCUCGACGUACACGAGGCCUGGUGAUAAGAAGCUCAUGGAGAUUGGGAUGCAGUGGGCUGGCGAGAUGCAGUCGCUGAUGGAAUCAGGCCGCAUCAAACCACAUCCUUUGCGUGAAUUGCGGGAUUGA